AUGUUUCCUGCCGCACCAGAACUCGGCGCCCUACGCUUGGCCAAAUUGACAGACUUGCCACGCAUAGGUGUUGUCGCGGCAUCUGCUUUUUACCAUUCUUCCUGGUUCCAGUACGAGCGGCCGUACUAUCGUAAAUAUCCGCAGGAUACGCUAGCCAGUUACCGCGACUCUUUCCGAAAAGCGAUCAAGAACCCUGAUUCGAUUGUGAUCGUAGCCGAACACCAGCUCAAUCGCUCAGAGAAAGACCAAGUGUACGAUGAACUCGCGGCUGCAUAUCCAGCUUUCGAAGACCAGAUCCCCGGAGACGCACUUGCUAAAGAUCGAGUCAUCGUAGCAGUCGCAAGCUUCUCCCUGCUACCAGAUUCAAAGCGCAAGGGACAGUUCCAGCCAGAAGCUCCUGAUCAUGAUAAGGAUGAAGAAGAGCCGAAGAACCGUGACAAGGAUGAAGAAGGCGUGAAGUUGCUAGAUGGCACCAUUCAUCCUCGCGAGCUCCAGCACUUCAAAAAUCGCAUGGUCAUCGACAUGAUGACAACUCAUCCGGCUUACUGGCGUCAGGGACAUGCGACUGACAUCAACAAAUGGUUUGCAGCUCUGGCUGAUAUGGAUGGUGAGGAAACAGGCGUUGCUGGUGCGCCCAUGGGUAAAAUCUUCUUCGCCAAACAUGGCUUCAAGGAAGUUGAAAAUGUCGAAGUCCCGGGAUAUAAGGCACAUGAGAAACCGGUUAUGAAAGCAUUGGAACCCAUAUCGACAAAGUACCUUUGCCCGACACGACACAACCUCAGAACACAAGCAUCCGACAUCUCUCUUCCGCAAGACCACAAGACUGCCGCUUUGCAACAGGACCCAGUAGCUCUCGCAGAUAUGCCGUACUUCCAUACCGCUCAAACUCAGCCAUUGGCACCCGGUCCGCCAGUCGCUAGCCAGCCUGCGCCUCAGCCUGCCUCAGGCCAACUCACGGCAGAAGCGGUUCGCAACCUCGGGAGUGGCUCGAUGCUAGAUGCAUGGCUAGCCAGCAAUGACGGACCGAGAUCUGAGAUCAUGCAGGACCCGCAGCGUACUGGUUAG